UUUGAUUUUUGUAUCUAGCCUGAUGUCGUGAUUUUGGAACACUUGAGUCUUAAGCUUGCCAAAGGCUGCAGCAGCUUUCCUGAUUCUGUGUUUGACUUCUGCAUCAAUGUUAGCAUUUGAAGACAUUAUACUACCAAGUGGUGGUCCUGGUCGUGUCGGUGCCCAAGCAACCAUGUGGAGCACCAACAGUGCGCCUCUGCUCCUCUCCUGCCUGGCGCUCACGGCUCUGUGGAGAAGCAGAUUGGUAGACGCCGAUGCCACAUCUGAUGCCUUCAAAACCAACAUCACCCUGUUUACGCGCAUCCUCGACAGCCUGCUGGAUGGCUAUGACAACCGUUUACGCCCCGGUCUUGGAGACAGGGUAACUGAGGUGAAGACAAACAUCUACGUCACCAGCUUUGGACCUGUUUCAGACACAGACAUGGAGUACACCAUAGAUGUUUUCUUCAGGCAAAGCUGGAAGGAUGAGAGAUUAAAAUUUCAUGGACCAAUGAAUAUUUUGCCUCUUAACAACCUGAUGGCGAGUAAAAUCUGGACCCCGGACACCUUCUUCCAUAACGGGAAAAAGUCUGUGGCUCAUAACAUGACCAUGCCUAAUAAAUUGCUGCGGAUCACAGAUGACGGGACAUUACUGUACACCAUGAGCAAAGAUCAUUUCUGUCUGGAGGCGUUACAGAUGGCGGGUGUCUUAAAUAGUGCAUGA